UGUUAUUGUCUUUUCUGGAACCAUGAAACUGCGCUCCGCAGGGCGCCAGGAACAACCCAUCCAAUCGCUGGCCGUUGAAAAAGUUAUGAGACCGUGACAUUGUAUGUUUGUGAGAGAUACAAACAAUCGAGGGUGGGACAAUUAGAUGGAGGUUCGAUGUGUGAUGUGUGGGUGCGGUUUUGCCAGUGAGACAAGCUUGAUCAGAAAAACUAUAAGCGGGGUACAUAUGCCGCUGAACCACUCGGCGGACGAGGCUUCUCCUGCGCAUAACGAUUUGAGCCCUGAGGCUGUGCUCAUCCAGAGAGCAAUACAUCAACCAUGGGUUCUGGGAUGGUUCAGGACAGGGAUCAGGUACAGCGGUCGAGUAACCUGCGGAGCUCUUGAAUGCAUAGCUCGAUCUGGGGAUACACCUGGCAACCAGCAUAGAUCUUACGCAUCACUCGACACUGUUUAUCUGUAUAAUUCUUCACGCCAUGCACGCAUGUGCUGUGAGGGGAACACUGGGAUGACAUACCGUAUCUAUGUAUGCAUGCGUAUGCGUCGGCGCCGAAUUGGCAGCGUUGUCUUUGGAGAGCAAUUCCCGUCAUCAAUUGCGCAUGCAUUCUCUCCCCUUUGGAUACUCCUCUGGGCGCACCACAUGUGCACUCAACUGUACGCUGCCUGCCUACUCUAUCUUACCUACGAUCUGCUACAGCUUCCCCUUCUCAUGAUGACCGAGCCAAACGCAACAUUGCUCCCAGAUCCGUUUCAGCCACCAUCCAAUAUUCUGAUUUUGCGUCCCGAUAGGAUGAUUAAUGAGGGACUUUAUCGCCGAAGGCGGCACUAACAUGAAAUAGCCUACUUGCGCGCCGAAAGGAACCAUGAAUGGGUCGUUGUUAUCCGCCCCGCUGCACCGGUGAC